GUGACAGGCUCAGUGAUGCUGGAGUCAUCGCCUCGGAGAGCUGAUUUGGGACCGGCUGUUUUGGGCUCAUUAAGUGAUAUUCUUAGGAAGAAAGAUGCGGGUUACCAAGCUUUGUAGCUUCCCCUCAUAUUGUACGGUUGUGUUACUUUGCGCUCUCGUGCCUGUCCGCGCAGAGAUAACUUGUGCAUCAUGCUUCACUUUAACUCAAAUUCCGCUAAAAGCGCAAGCUGAGUCAUUUCUGCACAAACAUCCUGACCACCAACCAUCACUGUCAAGGUUCUACAGGAACAGUGCAUCCGGCAGUCUCGUGACCACGACGAAUAAUGGCCACGGGGAGGACAGAGCUCAACUUUAUUCUGAAGUACAUGGAGACUCAGUCUCCCAGAGAAACAGGCAGCUCAGCGCUUUAACGGCCGGAGCGGACUGCAACAGUUUUUGUAAUGACAAAGGCGCAAAACUUAAUUCAUUCGUUUUUCAUAAGAAUCUAAUGUUAAAACGGAGAGAGAAACGCAGUAGACGAGCAGUGGCAGAAUUUUCUGACAGCGAUAAAGUAGAUGGGCUGGAGAAGUUCCAGGGGGCGUCGGGUCCUCGCUCCGAUUUCCGGCGGACAGUGGCGGACGGACUGAGGAAUAGCGCGAGGCAGAGUGAGACGAUCCUCGUUAUCUCCACCUUUGCCCUUACCGGGGAUUCGGCGCACAGCCAGGCCAGAGUGCUGUGGUCCGGAAUCAACAGUAGCGUAAUUCUAAUCCUGACAAAACUCUUCGACUUCAACCUGGGUACUGUCACGGAGAGCUCACUCUGGAGGUCAGUGGACCUUGGUGCAACAUAUGUGAAGUUAAAUGAUCGAGCGAUUACUAGAACCAUGCUCAGUUACAUGUACGUGUGUCCAACCAAUAAAAUGAAGAUUUUGAUUCUGUCAGAUCCAGAUGUAGAGAGCAGUAUACUGAUCAGCUCUGAUGAAGGGGCCACUUUUCAGAAAUUUAGUAUCAAUUUUUACAUUAUGAGUUUCCUCUUCCACCCAUCCCAGGAGAACUGGCUACUUGCCUACAGUGAUGACCAUAAGCUCUACAGCUCAACUGACUUUGGGAGAAAGUGGGUACUGGUGCAUGAGAGAGUUACUCCUGGUCGAUUCUACUGGGCUCUGAGUGGUUUGGAUAAAGAGGCAGACCUGGUACACAUCGAGGCUCAGACUGACAGUGGACUGAUUCAGUAUGUUACAUGUAGAGCACAGAGAUGUCCUGAUGGGAGUAGGCAGUAUCCAUUCAGCAGCCAAAUCGACACCAACUCUCUAGUGGUGCAAGAUGAAUACAUCUUCCUCCAGCUGACAACAGCUGGGAGAACUACAUACUUUGUAUCAUAUCAGCGAGGACCUUUCAGACACAUCCAGUUGCCCAAAUACUGUCUUCCCAAAGACAUGCACAUUAUCAGCACAGAGGAUGGCCAGGUUCUGGCUGCAGUGCAGGAAUGGAAUGAAAACGACACAUAUAGUCUCUACAUCUCAGACACAACUGGAGUUUACUUCACUCGCUCUCUUCCCCACCUACGCACAUCGCGAGGCCUGGCAGGCAAUCUCAUCGUAGACAUCUACAAGGUGGCAGGAGUCAAUGGAAUACUGAUAGCCAAUAAGAAGGAGAGCAAGCAUAUGAAAACAUUCAUCACCUACAACAAUGGCCAGACAUGGAAUUUGUUGCCGGCACCCCCUAAAGACAUCUCUGGACAUGGCAUUAGCUGUAGCCUGCCAUCCUGUUCCCUUCACAUCCACCUGCAGAUGUCAGAAAACCCCUACACACCUGACACCAUCUUAACCAAGCAGUCUUCACCAGGGCUCAUAGUAGCCAGAGGUAACGUGGGAGAUGAGCUCUCCUUCGCUCACUCAGGCAUGUUCAUCUCCUCCGAUGCAGGCAACACCUGGAGACAGAUAUUUGAAGAGGAGCACAGUGUUUGGUUUUUGGACAAUGGAGGAGCUUUAAUGGCAAUUACACAAGCAUCAGUUCCCACACAGCAUUUAUGGAUCAGCAUGGAUGAAGGAAGGCAGUGGAACAGAAUCAGUUUUUCCUCCACCCCUCUGUUUGUUGAUGGAGUUCUAAUGGAACAGGACACACAAAACUACAUCAUCACGUUCUUUGGGCACUUCAGUUACCUCUCAGACUGGCAGCUGGUGAAGAUCGAUUACAGUGGUCUGUUCAAUGGAAAAUGCACUGAUGGAGACUACCAAACAUGGCCCCUGCACUACAAGGGUGAGGUGUGUGUUAUGGGGAAGAGACGUGUGUAUAUGAAGCGCAAACCAGGCACACAGUGUUCUCUAGGGAAGGAGUAUCCCAGAAUCAUUUCAGCUGACCCCUGCAUCUGCACACUUUAUGACUUUGAAUGUGAUUAUGGCUUUGAGAGGCAGGCGAGUGGGAAGUGUGCACCUGCAUUCUGGCACAAUGCACACACAUCUGUACACACCUGUAGCCAAGGACACAGCUCGCUGAAUAGCACCGGGUAUAGAAGAGUGCACUCUAAUAACUGUAAAGAUGGACUGAUGGAAGUUCUGAGUCCUAAAGUGCAGCAGUGUGUGACCAUGCCUCCCAGAGGACUCCACCUCCAAACCAUCAACAAACAGCUCCGAGCUAACCUCGGGACCAAUGUCACCUUCAGAGUCACAUUACAGCAGGGUGACUCAGUAUCUACAAGUCUUCAUUUGGAUUUUGGAGAUGGAAUUUCAGUGUCAUACUCUAACUUUAGUCGCCUUGGUGAUGGCAUCAUACACGUCUACAGAACAGCAGGAAUAUUCAGGGUCAUUGCACAUGCUCAAAACAGCCAGGGCUCUGACACCAACUCUCUUUAUCUACAUAUCACCAGUCCACUGGAACGCAUUUCCCUCUCAGCACCAGUGGUGGCCAUCAGGGGGCGUCAGACAAACUUGACUGCAAUCGUGUGGCCAAGUCAGCCUUUAACUGCUACUUUCUACUGGUGGCUCAGCAACAGUACUGAGCCACUGAUCACUCUGGGAGGAAGUGUAUCACACACAUUUCUGGAGGAGGGCAGGACCCUGGUGAUGGUCCAGGUAUCAGACAGCAGCACUGUCCUGCAAGACUCCCAGAUGGUCACUGUGAAAGAUUUCUUUCGAUCUUUGUUGCUGUCAUUUUCUCCAAACCUGGAGGAGAACAACCCCUCCGUUGCUGAGUGGAGACAGGACGUGGGGCGUGUUGUCAGGGCAACGCUCUCUCAGGUGUGUGGAUUUCCAGAGGAGCAGCUGUUGGUCUCUGUGUUUCCUGGAUCUCCUACAGUCGCUGAACUCUUCAUCUUCCCUGAGACAAACCAUAGCCAACUCAGAGUGGCCGCAGAGGAAAAGCUUGAUAAAAUGUCGGAGGUGUUUAUUAAUGCUCUGAAUCAGAACCUGAUCUAUUUUGAUUUGAAGCCUGACACUCGGAUCACUGUGUCUGUCACUCAGCUCACACUAGCUCCCCUGGUGGACUCCACCUCUCUCCACAGUGGUUCCACAAUGCUGAUGCUCCUCUCACUGGCCCUUGUGGGUUUGGCUGUAUUCUUCAUUUACAAGUUCAAACGUAAGAUCCCAUGGAUGCAGGUACAGACAGAGGACACACAUGAGAAGGAGCCAGAUAUGAUCAAUGCAGUUGGACAAGGAGAUAACAGCACACACACUCCAUACAGAUCACACAACACAUACAUUCCAUUCACAACACGCCUCAGCACUCACUCUCGGCUCCCAUCAUGCUCUGUCACACAAAGCAGUAAUAGUCAGCUGGCCCCGCCCCAAGUGCUGGCUGCUUCCCAGGAGGUGACCACACCCAAAGCACUGGCCCUGCCUCGAGAAAUGAUGGAGAGGGAGGUGCAGUCCCAUAACGGAGGAGGUCUUGGGUUUGGUGAAAGGUUUAGGACCAGGGAGAUUCCAAACUGCACCAAUGUCUGAAAAAUCAAUUCCACACACAAUAAGAGACAUUAAGUUGUUUCAUGAUUCAGUUUUAUCUCGUUUGAUUUUUUUUAUAUUCGUUUGUCUAAAUGUUAAGCCUCUAUCAGUGCAACCAUGUUUACUUUCAAUGUAAAUAAAACUUUAAAAUAUGUAAAAUGAUAAGGAGUAAUAGAAAGGCAUACACUAUGCAUUAAGAGUGCUCAGUCAUUGUUAUGGAUUAUAUCAAACUUAAAAAGUUGUAUAUCUUGCUGAAUACCAUGUGACAAAAAUGACAACCCUAGUGUACUUAUCUUUAAUUAAUAGAAGGGCCCUGUUUCACUACUGUGUCAACAGCACACUUGCUGACUCCCCUCACAGCUUGAAGGGGCUGAGCCCUUUAAACUGCCAUCCACAUUGACCAGAGAAAGCCAGAAGCACUUGAUGAGAAGUUAGCAGAAGAGAAAAGUAACAAAAAUAGCAAAUAUAGCUGUCAAUGUGCUACCUCACAAAACACUGAAUUACAAUAAGUCAUAAAGCUGUCGUUGGAUACAGUUGAAGUCUACAAAUGCAAACCUGACACUAGCACUAACCUUAAAGUUUUAUGAAUUUGCAGUCAUGAGAUGAUAGCACCUGUCAUGUGGAUAUUGUCAUAAAACCUCUUGUUCUAUUGUUUAUUAUUAGUUUUUUUGUUUGUUUGUUUGUUUUUUGUUUUGUUUUUUUUGCAUGUGAAGCUGUGUUGCUUCAGUUUCAAAGCCUUAUGGGCAGGUUCUGCUCCUGAAGGAUACACUCAUGUUGACUUAAUCUCUUAUCCCUUCAAGGGGUCAUCUAGCUUCACUUGAGUUAAAAAAUUAUGGAAAUGCCCCUAAGAUAGCCUUGUGGAUUCCCCCAAGGGGAAAUUGUAUGGGCUAGUUUACAUGUUAAAACAAUAAUGAAACAGGGCCAUAAUAUAGAUUAUACAAUUUUGUAAAGAUUAUUUACAUUUUUUUCUGCAUGAUAACUGACAGGUAGGCCUAUAGCAAGAAUUGUAUUAACCCUUUGUGAUGAGUUCACUUUCAGAGAUUGAUGUUGCAAAUAGGACUUUGAUAAGACUAAUAAAUGUUGUUCUGCUGUAUUAAAUUGAUAAAGACUACAUUUUUAAAUAGUUAUAUGUGUUACUUUUGAAGGGUUUCAAUUGCCUUUUUUAAAUAUAAGCAUCUGACAGUUGUGAAAUGAACUAGUUUUUUCAGAGAGGUGUCUGUAUUUUUGUGCUUUGAGGUUUAUUUUUGCUUUAAAGUGCAUGUUAUUUUGAUAAAUCAGCUUUUCCUUGCCACUGAGGUACUGUCCACUUGAUGUGAUAUUUCUCUUAGCAUACAGUAGAUAUUGCGGUGCAUGUCUCUUUGCUUCUUAUAUUUUACAUUCCAGUUUAAUGGAUGACUGGGAAUUCAGUCAUUAGUCUGAAUAAAUGUAUUUUUUACAGAACCACUGACCAUAA